CACGUGAAGGUAAGUAUUAGUUUACAAUUGCAAGAUAAUGGAUUCAAUAAAUUCACUUUUGGUCUUGAGGUGAAUGACGUUGACAGCAAUGAGGUCACCCUCUCCUGGAUGAAACCGCGAAAGGAUGGGGGCUCGAAAGUCACUGGAUACGUGGUGGAGUAUAUGCCUAUCAAUGGCGAAGAGUGGAUAAAGGCUCCUAGCACAAAGGACACAACUGCGACUGUCGGUGGCCUGAAGAAAGGAGAGAAGUACCUGUUCCGUGUUAGUGCUAAAAAUGCCGCAGGAACUGGUGAACCAAGUCAAGCCACUAGACCUGUACUCUGCAAGCCAAAAUACGAUGCACCUGACGCUCCAGGAUCGCUGCAUGUGGACGAUGUAGACAAAGACCAAGUUACUCUCUCUUGGGCGCCACCCCUACGUGAUGGUGGAUCGAAAAUCGUUGGAUUCAUUGUGGAGAAGAAAAAACUGGGAGAUGGUGACUGGAGCAAAGCUGCCAGUCUGCCUGCCAACACAGCCUCAGCAACGAUAGAUAACCUUGAGCCGAAUGGCAAUUAUGAGUUCCGUGUUCGAGCAGUAAAUGCUGCUGGACCUAGUGACCCAUCCACACCAACAAAUCUUGUCCAGUUGCAGGCCAAGAAAAACAAACGACUAAUAGAGAGAGGUUGCAUGAGUUGUUGCUUCGAUAUUAACUAUUACUUUUAUUUCCAUUCAGCAAAGCCCAAGGGACCAGAAGAAGUUAACGUCAAGGAUGUUCGAGCAAAUUCAUGUACAGUUGAAUGGUCUCCGUCGAAGGAUGAUGGUGGUUCACCAGUAACUGGGUAUGCAGUUGAAAUGUGUGAUGAAUCUACGGGCAUCUGGAGCCCAGUUAUUGAAAAGAUCAAGGACAAUUCUGUGAAAGUUUCCAACCUUACAAGCGGCCACCGGUACAAGUUUCGCGUUGCAGCGAUCAAUGAUUUAGGCCGCUCAGAACCAACUGAAACUCUUCUAUCAACUGUUGCCAAGAAUCCAUUUGGUUUGUUUCUUUCCAUUUAUACUUUCCUUCAGCAUAUACUUAUCUAUAGUCCUGAUGCUCCUCGAUCUGUGAAGAUCGCUGAUUACGACAAGAAUUUUGUUGAAUUGACAUGGGAACCACCUGAAAGUGAUGGAGGAAAUCCAGUCCAGGGAUAUAUCGUUGAGAAACGAAAUCCUAAGGGCGAGUGGAUCAAAGCACUUCCUGGAAUUCUUCCAGGAACAAAUGCUACCAUAACUGGACUCGAACCAGGACGUGAAUAUGAGUUUCGUGUUGCCGCAGUCAACGAAGGUGGUCAAGGAGACUUUUCGAGAUCAACAAUGCCACAUCUUAUGAAAGAUAAGAUCUGUGAGUUGCCUGCUGGAGCACCAGAUGGCCUAAACGUUGAUAAGGUGAACAAAAAUGGUGUUAGACUAUCCUGGAAAAAACCACGGCAUGAUGGUGGUACACCAAUUACCGGUUACAUCGUUGAAAAGUUGGAUGAGAGUGGUGAGUGGAUCCCCGUAAAGAGCACAACUGAACCUCAGGCCUUUAUUCCCAUGAAGGAGGGUGAGAAGGCUCAGUAUCGCGUUCGAGCUGUGAAUGAGGAGGGUGAGGGUGAACCCAGCCGUCCUACUCUUCCUGUCACUGCUGAAGAUCAACCCAUGGCACCGCGUAUUGCUACUCCUGCUGAUGGUCUUAUCGAUAAUAUCAAAGUUAGAGUGAGUAUCCCCUUUCCUUCCUUUUCUAUCAUCACUUUGACUAAAAUAAAAUAUCCUACUCCAGUUGCCCAAUGGACCCAUAAUAACCAAACGAUUUCACCUGACGAAGACCCAGCUGGCACCUCCAUUCUUUUGAUUCAAAAGGCAAAGCGUGAAGAUUCAGGCUCCUAUGGUGUUACAUUGGAGAAUCCAUUGGGCCAAACACGCAGCUCCUGCAAUGUUAUUGUUCUUGGUAAAUGCUUUGUAUUUAUGCUAAUAAACCAAAUGAUUCUACUAAAUACAAGUAUGCAUCGUUUAUCAGACCCAUAUUUUAAUUUUAAUAAUUUUACGAAAAACCAAGUGAGCGCUUUCUUGACCUCGCCAGAAGCCACAGUGCGAAAUCUGGAUGAAGGAAAGCCUUAUGAAUUCCGGGUCAUGGCUGAAAACGCCUUUGGUGUCAGUGAGCCGUUAAUGACAACCGAAGCCAUAAAACCGAAGCAUCCCUUCGGUAAGUUAAAAUUCAAUUCUCCUCUUUUCGCUCAUGUGUUUUGCAUUGAUAAUAAGGAAUGCUUAAUCGUCUUCUUGCCAAAGUAUUCUAACUUUUCCCAGUAUACUAAUUUGCGAUCAAGAUUAAUUUUGCAUCUAUACCUCUCAAAUUGUGUGGUUUUAUUAGAUCCACCAUCUGGAAUGACAGAACCAAUUGUGGAAGACACAACCGAUGAUAGUAUCACUCUCUCAUGGGAACCGCCAACUCGGGGUCCAGUAUCUGGUUACAUUGUUGAAAAGAAACCGAAAAAUUCACGAGAGGCCAAUAUUGGCAACGUCACAGGUAAUACUUACACCGUGAAGGGUCUUCCCACGGGAAAGGAGUUUGAGUUCCGCGUUGUGCCUUUUAAUGCCGCUGGUAACGGAGAACCAAGUGAUUCAACAGGUCUAAUCAAGGUGCAGAAACCCAUUGAAGCACCUAAAAUCUCAUAUGAAAUGCCUACAGAGGUUAAUGCCGUUAUGGGUCAGCCUUUCAAAAUUCGAGUACCAUUCACUGGCUCGCCACCUACCAGUGUUGAGCUUAUCAAGGACGGUCGACCAACACCAAUUCCGAAUGACCACCUUAAUGUAGAAAUCACUCCAAAUGAAGUUAUUAUUACCACUCCUGCUUCAGUGAAAGAUGACAAUGGCGUUUAUGAUAUUAAAUUGGCCAAUGAAAAGGGUUCAGAUCAUAGACCAAUCAAAAUCAAUAUUCUUUGCCCACCAGAUGCCCCCACUGGUCCUUUAAAUGUCACCUCGGUCACUGCUAACUCAUGCAAGCUCUCAUGGAAUCCACCGGCUGUAAGUGCUUCAAUUUUUCAUUUCGUAAAUACAAUAAAAAUUUACCGUUUGCAUGCUAUACACCGGAUAACAUUAAAAGAUACCCAUGGGGGCCCACUUUCGAACUACAUUGUCGAGAAGAUGGAUGUUGCUACAGGUGAAUGGACCCCAGUGAGCAAAUUCGUGCGUCAACCUGAGUACGAAGUGACUUCUUUGGUUGAAGGAAAGACGUAUAAGUUCCGUGUUCUAGCAGUGAAUGACUACGGUAUUAGUGAACCUCUUGAGGGCGAUCGAAAAAUCACUGCUAUCGAUGAGGCUGGUAGGUGGUUUCUUUUUGAAAUUAUCACAAAUGUUGAUGUCACGGAUGCUACUGAAGAUAGUGUAUCUUUAGAAUGGACGAAACCCCGUGGAAGUGGUAGCAAAAAGCCAACCGGUUACGUCAUUGAAUACAAAACACCCGACAGUGAUUGGGUCAGAGCUCCUCUGGGACAGAUUAAAGUGGAGGGCCUUGAGACGGGCAAACGAUACAGCUUCCGUGUUGCAGCUAAAAAUAAUGCUGGUGUUGGUGAACCCAGCAGACCAACUCAACCAGUUGAAUGCAAAAGCACAGGCAUGCCAAAUGUAGACAGUGUUGGACGCGAUUUUGUGAACCUUUCCUGGAUGCCGCCGAAAAAUGACGGUGGGUCGCGAGUCAACGGUUACAUAGUAGAAAAGCGUCCCCGUGGAGGUUAUGAUUGGGAGCCAGCGAUAACUUCACCAGUUGUCGGAACUUCAGCAAAUAUCAGUGGACUGCCUACAGGAACGGAGUACGAAUUCCGUGUGAUUCCUAUCAACGCUGCCGGCAAGGGGGAACCCAGUACGCCUACACCAAUGGUCAAGAUCGAAGAUAAACGUUCUGGAGCGGCCGCCGACUUCAUUACAAAGUUGACUCCAAAGUCCAGUGGGGUCGGUGGAGAGGCAGAAUUCGUAGUACAAGUGGACGGUAAUCCCACACCACGUGUGCGUUGGCUUCGAAAUGGCAUUGAACUCACCCCCUCCAGCAGGGUACGCAUAACUGGACCUGACGAUGAUGGAAUGGCCCGCCUUACACUUUCUGACUUGGGUGAAUAUGACGGAGGUGACAUCACUUGCGAGCUAAUUACACCUUCGAACCGCACCUCAUGCUCCGCACCACUAGAUGUGUUUGGUCCUCCCAAGAUUCUUGGUGAUGUUCCUGAGCGCACAGCUGCAGAGGAAGAUUUUGUCAAGUUCAAGGUCCCCUAUUCUGCUCGAGGCAAUAUUUCUCUUAAGUUAAGGAAAGAUGGCCACGAUGUGCCGGAUUCUAAUGAAAUCAAGCUCAUGGAUCUUGAUGGCAUAAUCAGUAGAAAUUUUGGGUUUUUUCGGAACUGCCACAUCGCCGAUAGUCUUGAAAGUUAUUGGUGUAAUUUUCGGAAAAUAGGUGAGCCGGAUGCCUGUCAGGGACCACUUCAAAACACUGAUACGACUCCAUUCAGCACUAGACUCUCAUGGAAACCUCCGCGUCAUGAUGGUGGCUCAAAGGUAACGCACUAUGUCGUGGAAAGACAGGAGGUGGGCAAGGAUAAUUGGACUACUGUCCAAUCAGCGUGCACUACACUCUUAUCUGAAAUCCAGGGUCUCACAGAUGGGGCCAGCUAUAACUUCCGUGUUGCUCCAGUAAAUGAUGUAGGACAGGGACCCUGGCUCACCACCACAACUCCUAUUGUCGCCAAGUAUCCAUUCGAUAAACCGUCAGCCCCUGGUCCAAUCUCAGUUUCUGAUGUGGGUUCAAGUUUUGUUAAUCUUACCUGGUCUCGACCGUCUAACGAUGGAGGAGGUAGGCUUCUAGGCUACUUUAUCGAGAAACGCGAAGCUGGUGCACCAAAUUGGACACGUGUAAAUGUGAAUCCUGUUCAGACUCUUUCCUACAACCUUCCAAAUCUCAUCGAGGAUAAGUCCUAUGAGUUCCGUGUCUUUGCAACCAAUGACGCCGGAGAAAGUCCACCUUCUACUAUUGAUGAACCCGUUCUCGUUAGGGAUCCAAUGAGUAUGCUAAUUAAUCUGUUAUAUGGCCGAGAUGCAGUAUUCGAGAUUGAAGUAGAUUGCUCUUCUCCCUAUGAGGUCACGUGGUACAAAGGUGAUCGAGAGUUGGUUCCGUCAUCUAGAAUUGAUAUGGCAAAAGAAGGUCGCCUUUGUACCCUCACGGUAGCCGAUGCCAAUGGUGAGGAUACUGACGAUUACAGUGUCAGGGUGUCUAAUCUCAGCUUAACUUUUACUACCUUUUGUGGAAAAUUAACGCAUAUUUACGAAUGUUUUAAGGGUGAUACUAUCCAGAUUAAGGCACCAUUCAUUGGUUAUCCUACACCGCAUGCCACUUGGAAAUUGAAUGGAAAGGAACUGUUCAAUAACAAAAACGUGCAGAUUGAAAUGAAGCGUCGUCAUGCCAUAAUUACACUCUCUAAUGUGGAUGAAAACACUACUGGUCAACUGAAACUAACGCUAGAGAACAAUAUGGGCUCAGACACAGCAAAUAUCGAUCUCCGUGUACAUGAUAGACCUUCUCCACCAUACGACGUCGUAGUAGAAGGAACUUCAGACGGAAGGGCUCUUCUAUCUUGGAAGAUGCCUCCAGAUUCCGGAUACGUCUCCGAGUACAUAAUUGAAAGAGCUGAAAUGCCCGGAGACAAUUGGAUUCGUGCAGGAAUAAAUCGAUUCUCACCAUAUAAUGUUGAAGGUCUAGAAAACGGGCACGAAUACAGGUUCCGCGUCUUUGCUGACAAUUUGCACGGGCGAAGUGAUCCCAGCCAACCCUCAGAGCCUGUAAAGAUCUGCCCCGAGGAGAAAAGACGCAAAAAUCAGAGACGCUUUUUGGGUGAUUGUUUGCCACGCGGAGAAUACGAUGGACCACCAAGCACUGACUACUCAUAUGCAUACAUUAUAUGGUGUAUCAGCAAGUGUUCGUGGUUAGAUUCAUAUUUUGCAAACGACGAAAAAUCCACAGGAAGAAUCUUCGUUGCCAAAUUUGUCCCAACAAAGGAUGAAGAUGAAAGGAAUGCUGUACUAAACGAAGCCAACAUCAUGAAACAACUAAAUCAUCCAAAUCUUCUUCAUCUUCAUGAAUUCUUCUCUGAGCCCAAGGAAAGCGCAAUGAUUCUCGAGUUUCUUUCAGGUGGCGAGCUUUUUGACAGAAUAGGGGAAGAUGGAUACAAUAUGAAUGAGGGUGAAGUCAUCAAGUACAUUCGUCAGCUACUGGAAGGUCUUCAACAUAUGCAUGAGAACCACAUUGUACAUCUGGAUAUCAAGCCCGAAAAUAUAAUGUGUGAAAAUAAUCGUUCUACGGAAAUCAAAUUAAUAGACUUCGGUCUCUCUACAAAAUUAAACCCUCAAGAGGAGGUCCGUGUCAGUACAGCAACUCCAGAGUUCGCAGCUCCAGAGAUAAUCGAUCACAAUCCUGUAGGGUUCUAUACGGAUAUGUGGUCGGUAGGUGUUCUCGCCUACGUCCUCCUCUCGGGUAUCUCACCUUUUGCCGGGAAUGAUAAUAAGGAGACUCUUCAAAAUGUUAGUAGGGCUUCCUAUGACUUCAAUGAUGAGUCCUUCAGGGGUGUCUCUGACAACGCCAAAGACUUUAUCUCCAAACUCCUCAUCAAGGCUCCUGAGAAGCGAAUAACCGUAUUUGAGGCUUUGGAUCACCCAUGGUUGAGCACGCCAAUUAAUGAUGAUCAGCUUCCGAAUCGUAAGCAUCUCCCUUCAAUUGGUGAUAUUUGGGCGCGUCGGCCUGCUAUUGGUCAUAUAUGCAACUACAGUAGUAUUCGCAGACUCAGAAGAGUUGAAUAUAUGAUUUAUUCCAGCCAUUUUGAUCAUCGCGAAGCUGGUCCUAGGUUUAUCCGCCAUCCAAGAAGUCAAACGACCAUUGAAGGCAAUACUGCUCAAUUCGAUUGUCGUGUCAUCGGCGUCUCGGAGCCUAUAAUCACAUGGGUGUACCGAGGCACGCCUCUGACACAAAGUCUCAAGUACAUGCAACGGUACUCAGGACACGAUUAUUCCUUGAAGGUGAGCCGUGUCAAGCGAUUUGAAGAUGAGGGCGAGUACAUUGUACGUGCGGAGAACAGUUUUGGAAAACGAGAUAGUUCUGCUUACCUCACUGUUGAGCCUAAAUUCGCUCUGAAGGAGUAUGAAGUGAUUCUACCAGAAGAGUUCGCUCCAAGAUUCUCUCUUCCUCUUAGAAACCGUUAUAUUCAAGAUGGUCACUCUGUAAAACUCACUUGCACAGCUGACGGAAACCCCAUUCCAGUCCUGACCUGGUUCAAGCGUGGAGGGGAUUACGAUAUACAAACAACGUUAGGUAUUUCCUCAUUAGAAAUCUUCAGCUGCAACGAAAAACACUCAGGCAAGUAUACUUGUCAAGCAAGUAAUAAACUCGGAGAAGACGAAACCAUGUGUAAACUCAUUGUUGAACGUAAAUCAGUCUCUACUUGGCGGGAGUCGUCAAUCAGUGCCAAUGGAAUGAUGACCACAUCUACCACAAUAACCCGCACCAGCUUUCAAUCAACCAACAGACGCUCUUCCGGUCUACGAGAAGUCACACCUCAACAGAAGGCGCCUGAGUUGAAAACUCCUAUUGAUGAACCUACAGAUUUAGCCGAGGGGGAUAGUCUUUCCUUGGAAGCAAAAUUCACUGAAGCUGAACCUCUAGCUAAUGUCACUUGGAUUGUCAAUGGAGAGGUAAUUAUCUUGCUUUUAAUUUUGGUUCCUUUUAUUUUGCACAGUAGCUUUAGAACCGCUUGCACGACCAGCCUAUGCAGAUCAACUGUGUGA